AUGACUCGGUUCGGAGUACUCGCACUCCUGGGCCUCUCAACUCUUUGCGCAAUCAGUCCUAUUGCACAUGCAAGUGUGCAGGGUGUGCCCGCAAUAGAUGUCAAUGCAUUGGUCAGUGUUUUGAAUACAAUCUCUAGAUCGGGAAAUGGUGCAGGAAAUGGUGCUGCUGGCAGUCCAAGCUUGGUUAACAUCAAUCUUUUGGUACAACUUCUCAAUCAAUUACUCAGUAACGGUCAAUCCGGUACAGUUAGCACUGGUACUUUGACUGACAUUUGUAAUCGAGCAUGUAUCAGCCCUCCAUCAUCUUCUGGUAGAAAUACUGACAGUUUAAUCGCCAUAAAAAUUCUCAUUCAACUUUUAAAUACAAUCUUGCAAGCCGGUAGCCGCGGCGACGGUAAUGGCGACACAGGUGGUAAUGGUGGUGGUAAUGGAGGCUUGCUGAGUGUCAGCGCUAUCGUCAAUUUAUUGAAUGUCAUAGCUGGACGUGGUUCUAGCUCAGAACCUGGAACCACCACCAGGCCUCUUAUCGGCAUCGAUGUCCUUCUGGAUGCUCUCAAUUCAUAUAGAACUUCAAGGAGAUAUGGUGGGAGAAGAUAUUGUCACAUUGGCCAAUUCAAUACACUAUUGGAACGGGAAAGCAUACGCGCAGGCCAAAGUGCUGGUGAAGGCAGUGUUCUCAAUGCCCAGACAAUACUACCUCUGCUGGAGCGAGUAACCUAUCCUCCUACCCGCACUUCUGCGAGAAGCGACAGUUUAAUUCAGAUCAAUGUUCUUGUGGACGCGUUAAAUCAACUUCUUGGGGGUACGGGUCGUUGUGGCGUUCGGGGCUCGAUGGAUUGUGGACCUGGUGUACAAGGUGGCAAUGAUGCCUUGGUAUCCGUUGAUGUCGCAGCAUCUCUUUUGAAUAACUGCUCCAGAGAAGGUGGCGGCUUGCUUGGCCUUGUUGGCAAUCUUCUCAACAAUCUUUUAGGCGGUCUUCUAGGAGGACAUGGUGGUCUUCUAGGUGGUCUCCUAGGAGGUCUUUUAGGGGGAGGAAGAGGAUCAGGUGGGCUUUUAGGUGGUAUUUUAGGCUAG